AUGUUGAAGUGGAUAAAAGGUGGGAUCUCAGCAGUCACUGGUAUGGCUGAGCCUGAAUAUGGGAAAGAUUACAUUCAUAGUGUUGCUGAUAGGGUAAAAAAUAAGCAGCCUUACAGAGAAACCAGUCGUGAAGAUUUUUUUUGGCAAGCUCCUGACCAUACAAACGUUGAAUCGGUUAUCUUUUAUUUCAGUGACUUGAAAACAGGUAUCUUUGGAUUUGCCCAGGUUAUUCAUUCGAACAUCAUUGGGUUGCACACUGCAUCCCAAUUUACUUUCAGAAUUUUUGACUCGAAGAAUCCAGAGGAUUUGAAUAUCUGGACUUCCACCAAGUUGGAAAAUUUUUACAUCGAAGGUCCAAACUUCUAUGCCGACAAUCUUUCUGUAGAAUUAAGUGAAGACGGUGAAAGCUAUCACAUUCAAUCCAGUGUUUGUGAUUUAUCUGUCGUUGACUUGCAUAUAAGAAGGUUAACCCCUGGAGCCAAGAUAGGCGAUGAUCCUGCGACUUAUUAUGGUAACAAUAUCAAUGAACCAUGGGGUAGCAUGAGACACGUUUUCUGGCCAAGGAAUGCUUGUCACGGUACUAUCAAAGUUAAGAAAGAAGUUAUUCCAGAAUCUGAUGAAGAAGAAUCCUCAGCUGAUGAGGAUGAUAAUGAAGACGAAGAUGAAGAGUCUGGUGAUUCUGAGGAGGAAUCUGGUAGUGAAGAAGAAAGCGACAGUGAAGAAGUCGAAAUCACCUAUGAAGAUCGUACGAUUACUUUUAAAGAGGAAGACCCUGCGAUUUCGACAUUUAUAAUGGCCUUCCAAGGCAUGAAGCCUCAUCACGCAGCUAAGGCAUGGAACUUCAUGUUUUUCCAUUCCGAAAAGUAUUCCGCGGUGUUGAUGGAGUUCACUACACCAAAAUCAUAUGCCAACACUAAAAUUUCUGCUGGUAUUAUUACCGAUGAUAAAGAAGUUUUAGCGAUGACAACUAACAAUCUUGUUGAGCACUUAAACUCAGAAAUUGAUUCUGUUGGUUGGAAAGUUCCAAAAGAUAUUAAGAUCACCUUCAAAGGUAUCAAUACCAAAGUCAAGGAUGAACAAUUGGAAUCCGAGAAUGGGACUGAACAAGCUUUACAAGGAGAGGAUGAAAAGGAAGAUGAAAAGGAAGAUGAAGAGGAAGAAGAAUACAAGAACGUCGCAGAAGAAAAUAAGAUCUGUGCUGUUGUGGAGGGUCCGUUGAACAACCUAGUUGAAAGAAUUGAUGUGAUGGGCGAAAUUCCAAGUUUUGUUAAAAACAUCGUCUCUGGUGUUGCUGGUACUAAGCCAUUUAUAUACCAAUAUGCUGAUCCAAAAAGCUCAACUUUACAAAUAAAUGGCGGGGAGAAAAUUCACGGUGUAGCUUGGACCGAAGUAACAUUCAUUUCUGAAUCAGAUGUGAUUAGUGAGGAGUCUUACAAUGAAGCAUGA